AUGGAGGUCGGCCAGCGGUGUCGUCUUUUCCUCACCGACUCCACAUCCACGCAUGCCACGAACAGCUCCGAUGGCAUCCGCAGCGACGGAUUCGCCGUGACAGGGGUGGUGGUGGGGGUGCGCCCCCACGCCGAGGAGCCAUGGCGGCGCUUGUAUUACGUUCACUGCACCCACAUCGAGUUUGGCGCGGAGCUGGCGCGGCAGCGGCGCAAGGCGGCUGCACUGUCGUGGAGCGGGGCCCCGCUCAGCACUAUUGGGAGCGGGACCAUACACAGCUGCAACGAGCUGCGCGCCGCCGGCGGCAGCUUUGUCUCAAACGGCGGCUACCACUACCGCUACGAUGGCUGGUAUGAUGCCUUCGCUCUCGCCCCGGCGUCUGGGGACGUCGCCCUCGCCAACAACACCGCUGCAAUGACUUCCGCUAGCUCUUCGCCCCCUGAGCCGCCCGCAACGGUGCCGGAACCUCGCGAUGACGAAGGGGUGGCGUCAGUGUCCGCCGUCUCGCACCUGUCUGGACAGCCCCGCGAAGCACCGGAGGAGUGGGUGGCCGCGAUGGAGCAUGACACGGCCGUGUGCGAGGUGGUGUAUCUGUGCUACGCCUUCCAGCCUUGGUUUCCUGCACCCUACAGCGCUCUACAGUACCUGGCCCUCCCCGAAGACGACGUCUGUCACUCCGUCUACGUGUGCCACCGCUGUCUCUCGCCCUUCUUUACGCGGGAGCAGUACUACGUACACCUGGCCGGCGAGUACUGCCGCCUGCGCACCCCGCCUGGUCGACUCAUCUACCAUGACGAGGACGCCGGGUACAAGGCGUUCCUCGUGGACGGCGCCAAGGACCUCCACUACGGCCGCUGCCUUUCCCUCCUGGGCAAACAGCUCAUCGAGAGCAAAGUGCUGUCGAAUGAUGUCGACCUGUACGAGUACGUGGUGGUGACGAUUCCACGUGCCUCGCUGCCGUACAUGCCAGCCGCACUGCCGUCCGGUACGUCCGCCGAGCAGUGUGGAGUGGACAACCUGGUCGCGCUCUCGAGAGAGGGGUUCCGCCAGGUUGCGAGCGACUUCGAUGCGGAGGACUGGGACGGCGACGCGGUGAUGGGGUACUUCAGCAGGCUGAAGCACCACCCUGAUCACACGCUCUCGUGCAUUGUCACGUUGCCCAUCUUUCAACGCACGGGUGUGGCUACUUUCCUGCUGGAUGUGGCGUACUGGAUGACUCGGCAGCGGCAACGUGUGUGCGGGUGCGGUUUCUGUGGGCGGUCUGGUGGAGCCAUCAGUCGACCCUUCUCGCCCCACGGGCAGUCGUUGCUCCUCUCCUAUUGGCGACGCGCGCUGCUGCGGUCUCUAGCCGCGGUUGCUCCGUUACACCGGCGUGUGUCACGGACCGCACAGCCGGAGCUGCGCUUCACCCUGGCGGAGCUUCGUGCGCUGAUGGACAUACCAAUCCACACAGACGACAUGGAAACGCUACUCCUGCAGAGCGAGUUCGCCUUCUAUCAGCCCGUUGCUGCCAACGCCGCGGCGGCGCGCUGCAGCGACGAUGACGACAGCGCCUCACCACCAACCUCUCCGACCUCUUCAAAGAGAAGGCAACGCCGAGAGCGCAGCAGCGCCUCCACUUCGCUGAAAGACUCGCAGGCGAGCAGCGGCAGCAAGGUGUCCUCUUCCUCGGCCGGAGGAAGUACUGGGAAUGGUGGUGGCUCGAUAUCUGGCGCGCGCUACACGGCCACGCUGGUUCUGGAGGCCACGCUUCUCGAGGCAGCAGCAAAGCUUCACACAAAGACGCCGCGCUCGUGUGUGAUGUUCGACAAGCGCUGGCUCCUAAAGGAUAGGCGAGGCGCCUACGCGUACGACACGCCGUACUACCACUACUGA